UGCAAACGACGCGACGUUGCAAAACCUUCGCGUUUCGUAACAACGAUCUUUUUUUGUUCAUCGGGUCAGAGACCCGAGUCACCGAUCGACGAUAAAAAAUCGAAAAUCGAAAAGUGAAAAUUGAAAAGCAGUGAUCGAGAUAGAAAGGGGACAGCUAUAACGUGAUAGUUUUACUAUCGGUGAUAGUAAAAGAGGGUAAAGUUAGCCUUUCGCUUGGUAAAACCGGUCCUUGAUCGGUAACCACGAGCACGAUGAACGUUCAAGAAAAUGUGAACGUCGAUCGAAAGAAAUGAGAAUGACUGUCGUGACGAAUCAUCGAAUAGGGAAAAAGAAUCGGAAGAAGGAACAAAGGUAAUUACGCGUAAUUGACCGGAUUGCGACGCGGUGCGACGCGGUGCGACGCAACAACACCAGGAACGGACGAGAAGAAGGGAAAACACAGGGAAAGAGUAGGGGCCUUUUACAGUUAAGAGAGAUUUACACGGAGGAAUCCUUCUCUCGACAACGAAGCAACCUUUCUUCUGCAUCCUACUUGACGAAACGACUAACGGGGAUCGCAAACGAGCGCUCGCGCCAGAGUCGACGCGGUGUUCGAAGCUAGUUUCGGUCUAAAGGACGAAAACGAUAACGAUAACGAUAACGAUAACGGAUCCUUGCAAUGCGUUUGCGCUCCUUCCACAAUUAUCGGUCCAGUUUACUCGUUUCCGGUUAAAGCUUGACACGAAUGUUCGCGGAAUCGAGUCUAUCGCGAUUCAGCGAACCUCGACGGAGCACGUUCAGCGAAAUACGAGGAGGAUCAGGUAGGAAAGGAAAAGAAGGAAGAAUACCGUACCAAUGUCGAAAUGGCCAGGGAUCGUUCCGAUUCGGAAUAUACGGAGAAUAUCAGCGACGCGACGAGCUGCAGUUGCACGACGGGUUCCGUCGACAAGUGCUCGUUACGCGGUUGCGGCAUGUUUCAAGAACCGUUUUUCCUCCAUCCGCCCGGCUCUAGGCCUCGCGAUGGAAUCUACAUAAACCCCAUGUCCGCGUACAUCGGUGAGCCCGCUAAGCCAAAGGACACCGAGUCCUUCUACCUGCACAGUCCCCACGAUCUCGUCUACACCAGGAUCACGCGGUUGUUCGCCGACACGGACAAGCAUCGCCACUUUGAGAAGAAAGACGAACCUUUGACUGUGAAAGUGGACGUGCACAUCAACAAUGGACUCCUCGACCGACCAUCCAGCGGAAACGGUUACGCGGUCAAGUCGGAUAUGGUUCGCGAGUCAUCUGAGCACGCGUACGAACAAAUCUGUCUACGCCAAGAACCAGAAGCUGCCGGUGUAGCUGCGCUUGCCCAAAAGAAAUUCUCCGACAACGCAUCCGACGGCAGCCGCUGCCGGAAAGCCGAUCGAAGAUACAGCAGAUCGAGUAGCGGUAGCGAGUCGUCGAACGCGAGCAGCGAGAUUCCUUGCUUCUCCUCGAGCGCGUCCACUCCGUCGUUGUCGCGAAACAGCAGCAACGAACGAAUCGAGAAAAAAGACUCGACGGGUUCGCAAGUAGAAAGCGAAAAGGAGAUCAAACCGGUCAGCAACGGAGCUAGUUUCGCUAAGCCACCGCCACCACCGCCACCACCUCCACCGCCAGACAAAGAAGACGUCGUGGUGCUGUUGGUGAACGUUGGCCGGGAUGAGAAGAAGGACAACGGUGCCGAGGCGAGCAACCGAGAUGCAAGAAACGAGAGCGGCCUCUUCGUAUCCCCAGACUACCACUUACUAGACCAUAGCGCUCAUCGGGCAUAUAAUACACUUACCUGGAUUUCACUUGCCCGACCUACUGCGAUUCCUUCUCCCUACCGCUUCUGUUUCGGAACAGCGACCAACAAGUCCGACGUAUCCUGCGGCGAGCAUCGCCAGCCGGAAGUGCCUCCUGCCAGUCCAGCUGCAGACACCGAGGAAAUUAAGGCGAGUCAAACGUCGCAUUUGGUGAACAAACAUAUGGUGCUGCCGUUCAUACCUCCCAAGUUCGCCAACGCGGACUCCAACACUUUGCUCAAACCGUCCGAGUACCUAAAAAGCAUCUGCAAAGCUUCCUCGAAGAAUAGCCUGUCGAAAGCAAGGUCGGUGGACAACUUGGAUAUACAGAGUAGAAGAUACGAUCGAAGGGAAAUUAGCUCGAGAUCGGAACGGCGACAGGACGAGGAGGAGGAGGAGGAGGAGGAGGAGCAGGAGGAGGAGGGGGAGGAGGGGGAAGAGGAAGAGGAAGAGGAGGAGCAAGCGGAAGAAGAGGGAGAAGAGGGAAGAAGAUCUAUAUCGGGCCCUCCACCACCGCCGCUGUCCCCGCUUCAAAAGUUACGACGAAACGGCGAGAACUCUGCUGGUUCCGUCAACAACAACGCGAACACGGAAUCAGAAUCCCCCAAGAACCCCCAACCUCUGGCCACUAUCAGCAUUCAAGACCUAACCAGUAUCCAGCUGCGAAGAACCAGCGCGAAAAUGAACGCGACCAAAACAUUUUCCGCGCCACCGCCGCGAAGCGUGUCUAUGACGAACGUUUCAGAGUCGUUCUUCGUCCAGAAGACCGAUUUGAUCGCGGAGCUGAAGCGAACCAAGGACAUUCCAGGAAUCAAGAAGCUUAAAGUGGAAAUGGCUCAAGUGGAGAAAACGCAAGAGCAGAAUCUCAUAUCGGAGAUCAACAAGGCUUUCAACGUUUCAAAUUUUGUCGAUCAGAUUCCGGAGAAGGAUAGUUCCGGCAAUCUGAUACCGAUAUGGAAACGCCAAAUGUUGGCACGAAAGGCUGCCGAGCGAGCAAAAAAAGAGUUGGAGGAACAGAUUGCCAGAGAGAACGAGGAGAGACGACAAAAGGCAAUUCCUGCUUGGAAGAGACAACUCCUUGCGAAGAAGGACAACGAGGAAAAAAGACUGAAUCAAGCACACGUGGUGGUGGCAACGGUGCAACCGACGCCAGCGGCAUCAGCGGCACCAACGGUCAAAGUUGAUGCCACCUUAUCACCGAAAGCAGACGCGCAACGACAAGAGAAAGCAGAGGACAAGACAGAAAGCGAAGAGAAGAAGAACGACGCCAACUGCACGAAUAACGCCAACGACGUGGACGAUGACGCUCCGAUCAUACCCUGGCGGGCACAACUCCGGAAAACCAACAGCAAGCUCAGCAUUUUGGAUUAAUCUUUCCCAAGCGAACGUCGUCGUCGUGACCAACGCGAAUGAAACACAGAAUGUACAUAGAAUCCAGUAAAAUUUCUACCAAUCAGU